AUGAAGUUCCUCGGGAAGCCCAGGAGCCCGACAGCUGUUCUGCCUCUUUCCCUGCUCUUCUUGAAGAUUCUGCAACCAGGGCACAGCUACCUUUACAACAACCGCUAUGCUGGUGAUAAGGUGAUCAGACUUAUUCCCAACACAGAAGAAGAAGCAAAUGCACUGAAGAAAAUAUACCACCAACUUAAGGUGGAUCUGUGGCAGCCCAGCAGUAUCUACUAUGUAUCAAAAGGAACAGUUACUGAUGUCCAUAUUCCCAAAAAUGGUUCCCAAGCCCUGUUAGCCUUCUUACAGGAAGCCAACAUCCAAUACAAGAUCCUCAUAGAAGAUCUUCAGAAAAUACUGGAAAAGGCGAACAGUUUGCAAACCAAGAGAAAUCGAAGAUACCUCUCUGGAUAUAAUUAUGAAAUUUAUCACUCUUUAGAAGAAAUUCAAAAUUGGAUGAAUCAUCUGAAUAAAACUCACUCAGGCCUCAUUCAUGUGUUCUCUAUUGGAAAAUCAUAUGAGGGAAGGUCUCUUUUUGUUUUAAAGCUGGGCAGAAGAUCACGAACUUACAAAAGAGGUGUCUGGAUAGACUGUGGUAUUCAUGCAAGAGAAUGGAUUGGUCCUGCUUUUUGUCAGUGGUUUGUAAAAGAAGCUCUUCUAACAUACAAGAGUGACCCGAUCAUGAGGAAAAUGUUGAAUCAUCUGUAUUUCUAUAUCAUGCCUGUAUUUAACGUUGAUGGAUACCACUUCAGCUGGACCAGUGAUCGAUUUUGGAGAAAAACAAGGUCAAGGAACUCAAGGUCUCACUGCCGUGGAGUUGACGCCAAUCGUAACUGGAAAGUGAAAUGGUGCGAUGAAGGAGCUUCUAUGCACCCUUGUGAUGAUACCUACUGCGGACCUUUCCCAGAAUCUGAGCCGGAAGUGAAAGCUGUAGCCACCUUCCUCCGGAAACACAGGAAGCACAUUAGGGCUUACCUCUCCUUUCAUGCAUAUGCUCAGAUGUUGCUAUAUCCCUAUUCUUACAAAUAUGCCACAAUCCCCAAUUUCAGCUGUGUGGAAUCUGCAGCUUAUAAAGCUGUGAAUGCACUUCGGUCAGUAUAUGGGGUACAGUAUAGAUAUGGACCUGCCUCCAGCACGUUGUAUGUGAGCUCUGGUAACUCAAUGGAUUGGGCCUACAAAACUGGAAUACCCUACACAUUUGCUUUUGAACUUCGUGAUACUGGACAUUUUGGAUUUUUACUCCCAGAGAUACUCAUCAAACCGACCUGUACAGAGACCAUGCUGGCUGUGAAGAACAUCACAAUACACCUCCUAAAGAAGUGUCCCUGAGGCAACCACCAGAGAGAGAGCGGAUUCUGUGCAAGGGCUACCUUGUAGUGGGUGGAAAUUUUUUAAAUAGAAGAGCAUCUUAGAAUGCACAUAUCUGUGGGCUUUCAAAGGACCUACUCAUGCAAUUCAAGUUUCUGUUACAAUAAAAAAAU